GUGUACCUAAGUAGCUGGAUAUUAUCAAUACAUGAAGACAAAACAGUUAUUCGAAGUUUUCAACCUCUCGAGUCAUAUAAGAUGCCGUGCAGCUCGGCUUGGGCUUAGUCAGGGCUUUUCACGUGGCAGUAUAAGUACUCCCGAUCUGAAUCUCCCUCAUGAUCACCUCUUGUUGUAAACCCUUUUAUGAAAGCCUGGUUUGUCGAGUAAUUGAAAUCCCUGCGUGGGAACUUCACGGUGACCUUGCCAGUUAAUAUCUUCGAAACCAUCAUGUCAAACGAGUUUGUACUUCGAGAAUUCUACACCGUUUUCCCAGCGUCGCGAGCUGUCGAUGAUUUCCCUCCCAUUGCAUAUCACAUCCAUCAAGGUCACCGCGUGCCAGAUUACCGCCUUGGCUGGGUUGUCACUGUUACAGAGGCCGAAGAGCUAUUGGGACCAGCACCAGAGGGUCGUGACAUUAUCGACUACUACCGCUAUGAUAUACUUCCAUCAAGGUGGGGAACAACCAAGGCAAAGUCGGAUCUGCAGCCACCAAACUUGAUGAUCUGGAUCUAUGAGACUGGCCGCGAGUCACAACACAAGAAUGAAGCAUAUUUGCUCCUCUAUGUUGCUCAGAAUAGCACUGAAGAUUUGAAAAUGGUCAAAGAACACAAGGAAGAACUCAUUACGAGGUCCAUAGAAGCUAUUGGAUUAACGUCUGAAAUGCGGGAGAAGGUCAGGUGGUAUCGGAUGAAAUGACGGUGCAACGUUUAAAGGACUUUACCUUGACGUUCGAAUUCACCCUCCCUCCGAUCAAUCAGAAAUCUCAUCUAUCUUAUUUUCUUGGUUGAUCUGUUCCUAUGAGAGAAGUUUUAAAUUCAGCCCCAGAGGGUCAUCUUCUGCACAAACAGUAUUUGUUCGAUGGUGUUGCAAUUGCUUGUAAACCCUUUCCCUGAAAAGCAUGGUUUGACCUGGUUUGACGAGUGAUUGAAAUUCCUGCGUGGGAACUACACGGUGACCUUGACCACUUAAGCUCGGAGUUACAGUAAUAUAGUUGUUACUGUACUUUUCUGACAUUUUGACCAGAUUUUCCGCAGUUUUACCAGGAUA